AUGGUUCCGGUUGAUGAUGCGGACAACCCGUGGAAAUCAGUGUAUCCGUCCACAGCUUUACAGGAUACAUCACCGGCGUCUUGCGCUCUAUACCAUGCGAUAUUGGCGCAGGCAGCCUUCAAUCUAGCAAAUUUAUAUGGCGAUACGAAUGACGAUGGUCCAAAGAAAACCGCUCAAGGGCUUGAGCAUUAUGGGGCUUCCUUGCAUCAGCUAUACAAGUGCUUGGGCUCUUCAACAGAAGAAGAAUACGAUGCUUGUAUGGCGACUCUCUAUACUCUAGUUAUUACAGGAGCUUAUGCUCGACAGAAGUUACCCUGGCGUGACCACUUUGGUGGCGCAGGAGGCAUGGUGACCAAGUUCCUAGGAAAGCAACCGUGGGCACAAUCAUCACGCUCUUGGGUCAUAUCUCAGAGUCUUGCCCUUUCGUUCGAAAUUGCGCAAACAUCCAACACUCACAGAAGAGAACGAUCCUCUAUUACAGAUACCUUACUGAGGGAUGUCUCCUCAAGAUGUGAAUUUGGCUUCACUAUAGGAUCUUCUGGUCAGGUCUUACAAGUCAUAUCCAAUAUCAGGCUAUUAGCCGAGCGAAUGGCUACAGGGGACAUUCCUGAAAACCCGGGCGAGCUGAUUCAAAAAUACAUAGCCGAACUAACAUCGCCAUCAGAGAGUACAGAAGAUUUUGACAUCGAGGAAAUCUGGGAAAGUACUUCCAAAAAAGACCGGGCGGAAUAUCUUCAACGGUUGCAUCUACGACUAUUUAGGAACGCAGCUAUCAUAUAUCUCUUCCGAACUGUCCUAAACGUUCCGCCACAGGGUGUCGUAAAAUAUGUCUCUACAGUUCUUCAAGACACACUCUCUUUCAUACAGCUUCAUGGAGGAGCUGUCUCCAUGUGGCCUGUCUUCAUAGCAGCGGUUGAGGCAUACGAAGUAAAGGAUCAACAAAUAGUUGAACAAUGGUUUGACAUAUCUGGUCAACUUGGCAUUCAGAAUCGUCGAACAGCGAGAGAGGUCAUUCGCGCUGUAUGGGAGAAGAGGUCUCAGGAGGCAAAAAAUAGAGGUCUCAAGCAGAGUCAAAUAGCAAUUGACUGGAGGGAAGUUCAGCAAUUUCUUGGUCUUGAUCUCCUGCUUCUUUGA